CUCCGGCCCGAUGCCCCUCCUCUCCACGAGAGGCCAGAUCCCCCCUCAAAGCGUCGAAUUCCACUCGCAUGCACUUUUUUUCUUGUUUCGUGUGUGUGCAGGAAAGCAACAUGGCAGAGCCAGCUGUCCGACCCGAGGGAACAAGCGGCGGCAUUGUGAUUAAAGAUGACUGGCCCGGCUACGGGUUAGACCUCUUCAGCUAUCCAGCGCACUACGCCGGAGAUUUAGACUGUGUCUUCAUCCCGCACGGCAUGAUCAUGGACAGGACCGAACGCCUGGCUCGAAACAUCAUGGACGACCUCGGGGACCACGACAUCGUGGUGCUGUGUGUGCUCAAAGGAGGCUACCAGUUCUGCGUGGACCUGGUGGACCGGAUCAAGGCCCUCAGCCGCAACUCCAACCGCACCAUCCCCAUGAGGGUCCACUUCAUCCGGCUGAAGAGCUACCUGAAUGACAAGUCCACGGAGGAUCUUCACAUACUCGGAGCCGAGGACUUGUCUUUUCUAGCUGGAAAGAACGUACUGAUUGUGGAGGCCAUUGUAGGUACCGGAAAGACAAUGGAGACCCUCCUGAAGUAUGUUGAAGCCUUCAGGCCCAAAUUGAUCAAAGUGGCAGGGUUGCUGGUGAAGAGAGUGCCACAUAACGCAGCAUGCCUUCCUGACUAUGUGGGCUUUGAGAUACCCGAUCGGUUUGUGGUUGGAUAUGCCUUAGACUACAAUGAGUACUUUAGAGACUUAACUCACAUCUGUGUGAUCAGCAAACGUGGGAAGAUGAAGUACAAGAUUUAAAAGCCCACUGCAAAAGGAGGCGGAUGUCAUCGAAGCGGAAAGCCUGAACCUUUUUCCCCGAGUCGCUUCUCGCUUACAGCUGCCGUCGUGACACUCGAUCUCAAGCAUGCCCCGUUUUGUUAGAACAUUCCUUCCAAGAACCGUUUUAACAGACAAUGACGUUUCACCGGUAAAUUUAGAAAAGCAAGCACAUGCUUCGCCGUCAUUUUAGAGUACACUUCAUGUUCUUCAUGUUGGCAGAAUUGAAUCGUGUGGAAAAUGUUUACUGCUGCCAUUCGCCUUUGAUUGUUUGACUCUAGCACACAUAUGUUUUACUACUUGUAUGCAAUGCAAAGAACUUGAUAAUGAUGACCUUUUCAUGAAGGUUUUUGAAGUGUUCUAACUACCUCGGUGUGUUCUGCAUUUGCGUGUAAAGUGAUACUUUAGUCAUUUCUGCAUUGUCUUUUAUAACAUACCAGUAAAGUAUUUAACAAUUCGGUGGUAUCUAUCACUGCAUUCUUUUCACACUGUUUUGUUGACUAACAAAAGGCAUUUUUUAAAUGUUGAUAAAAAAACCUCACACUUUAUUCUUUAGGCUUAUGAUAUACAAAGGAGGGUCUCUGAGUCAUUGAAACAUGUUGAACAGUGUUUGAAUCAUGCAAUUUUAUAU